AAGAGUUAAAAAGAUGUGUGUAUCGCCUACUGCAAAAACAUUUUUCUUUCAAUUACACACUUCCACACUUCCGGUUAAAGCGUGGCUACAGGAAAGAGGGUUUUUCGUUCCAUGGUCUAUUAACUGUCGAUUAUGCAACAAACCGGAAACCAUUGAACACUGCUUCAUAUACUGUAAUGACGCAGUAUACUUUUGGGACGUUCUCCAACGAACACUGAAAAAGGAUAUCGACUUCACAGAACACAGUAUACGAUUUCUCCCCGUUGAACAACAUGAAGUUGUCCCUUACGAUUUAUUUAUGCUUCUUGGGCUGCAUAGCGUGUGGAAGUGCCGGAUGAUCGACAGAAAUGCCGAACAGCCCCGUACGACCAGAUCGCUUUUCAUUGAAGAGGUAGCGAAAGUGCGAAGUGUGUACGAGGCCCGCCCACCGGUGCCAGAUUGGUUUAGCCUCUUUGAUGCGUGCUUAAACCUACCGCACUUUAAGAUUGUGUAA